AAUGUUCAUGAGGAACAUAAAAUCUUUUAUAUUUUCCUGUUAGGGUAUGAGAUAUUUCAGAGACCAGUUCAUGACCAUCUGGAACUCUGAGGAAUAGUUCAAGAUGAAGACUACUUAAAAAAAUAGUAAAGAGUAUGGACCAGGGAGGCGUUGUGAUUCACCUUCUCUUUUUUAUGGAGGUAGAAGAGUAAUUCAAAGAAGGAUAUGGACUUUGAGGACGUGGCCAUUGCCUUCUCUCAGGAGGAGUGGAGGCUCCUGGAUGAGGCUCAGAGACUUCUGUACUGCGAUGUGAUGCUGGAAGUGUUUGCUCUGGUCUCAUCUGCAGGUUGUUGGCAUAAAACGGUUGAUGAGGAGACCUGUUCUGGGCAGAGUGUAUCUGUACAUGGAGAGUCACAGGUCAGGGCUCCUAAGACAGAGCCAGCAACCCAGAGGACCCAUCUGUGUGAGCGCUGUUUCUCCAUGAUCAAAGACAUUCUGCACCUGACUGAGUCACAAGCAGCAGACUUUGAGCAGAAAGCCUUCUUCAGUGAUGCAUGUGGCAGAGACUUCUGUUUCAGUGCAAACCCUCGCCAGCAACAGAGGGAAGCCAGUGGAGAGAAGCCCUGGAAAGAAGCUGUGGACAGGGCCUCGUUUGUGACCAGGUGCAGCUUUUACUUACCUUGGGUGCCUUUAAGCAUUAGGGAGGCUGAGGAAGACUUCCCAGCCACGUCAGAGCUUCUCCAGCACCAGGCCCGUCUCGACACUGAGGAGCCACACAGUGGCAGUGAGAUUUCACAGGAAUAUCUUGUUGGAAAAAGUCUUCAGCACACUUGUAACUGUGAAAUAUUUGGCAGCAACAACCAGAGAGUUGUUCUCCAUCAGGGUGCCUGCGCUGAAGAAAUGAAAUAUGAGUGUGACAGACGUGGAAAUGUUUUUAAACAAAACAUUCACCUCAUUCAACAUAGAAUAAUUCACACUGGAGAAAAGCCCUAUGAGUGUGCUGAUUGUGGGAAGUCCUUUGGACAAAGGUCCAAUUUCAUUUCACACCACAGAGUUCACACUGGAGAAAAACCUUAUGAGUGUACUGAUUGUGGGAAAUCUUUUAGGAGAAAUAAUAACCUCCUUAACCACAAGAGAGUUCACACUGGAGAAAAGCCCUAUGAAUGUGCUGAUUGCGGGAAAUCUUUUACAAGAAAUAAUAACCUCCGAAACCACAAGACAGUUCACACUGGAGAAAAACCCUAUGAGUGUACUGAUUGUGGGAAAUCUUUUAGGAGAAAUAAUAACCUCCUAAACCACAAGACAGUUCACACUGGAGAAAAACCCUAUGAGUGUACUGAUUGUGGAAAAUCUUUUAGGAAUAGUAGUACACUCCUUAACCACAAGACGGUUCACACUGAAGAAAAGCCAUAUGAGUGUAUUGAUUGUGGGAAGUUCUUCAAGAGAAGCUUACACCUCUCUGAACACAAGAGAAUUCACACUGGUGAAAAACCUUUUGAAUGUAGUGAUUGUGGGAAGUUCUUCAGACUAAAGGGGCACCUCAUUAAACACCACAGAAUUCAUACCGGAGAGAAGCCGUAUGAGUGUAGUGAGUGUGGAAAGUCCUUUAGACAAAGACGUUCGCUCAUGGACCACUACAGAAGUCACACUGGGGAAAAGCCGUAUGAGUGUAAUGAGUGUGGAAAGUGCUUUAGACAGAGACGUUCGCUCAUGGACCACCACAGAAGUCACACGGGAGAAAGGCCUCAUGAGUGUAGUAAAUGUGGGAAAUGUUUUAGCAGCAAACCGAGCCUUGUCAGACAUCUGAGAGUGCACAUUGGGGAAAACCCUUUCAUGUGAAGGGGAUGUUUUAUCUUCCUCACUCUACAACACUGCAGGAGACUUAAAUCCGUUUACCUGAAUAUGAACGCCCUUUAUCUGAACAUACACUGUGCGAAAUUGCUCAUACGUUUGAGGUACAAGUGAGUCCUGAAGGACCUGCACAGCACUUGCUAACUUGCCGAGGACUCCUACCUCAUUGAUGUCACUGGGAGUAUUUGUGGCUGAAGUGACCUCCUCUCCCACCUGGCUCACCUGAACAGUGUGCACCAGUCACCACCCCUGGUGCUCAGGGGAAAUGUAUUCUGUGUUCUCCCUUGUGCUUAAGUGAAUUAUGAAUACUCUGAGCUCUUGGCAGGAUCCUCAUUCCUUACACUCUGACCAGGAAAUGCACCUGACCCAGGGUUCGUCCAGAGGCCCCUCCUCAGCUAAGAAGAGCUACCUCUUUCAGGGACAUCAUGGUUCUCACCUUCAGCGGUGAUAAAUUGUUAUAAACUGAUUGCGCUACAUGCUCUGGUAAAUGGUGUUUUUGUGAUUGUGAUUUUGCUUUUGUACCUUUAAUUUUGUUGGUUCUGGUCACUGUCUGGAUUGAUUUGAAAGUACAAUUGUGAUCUGUCAGCAUGUACAGGUAACAGAUAUUGUGGGGAUCUCAAACUCUCUGUGCUUCAGACAGGAUAGCCUGAUGACAGAAAAGCCUUCUCUGUCCAAUCUUCUUUGCAUUACUGCCCAAGGCCUUGAAAUAAAGACCGCAUGACUUUGUGGUUGUAUUUUGCA